CUUACAGAUCUGGGAAAGCAAACGUAAGCUUUGUGUGAUUCUAAGCUAAUCUCUGUUAUUUCUCUCACUCACGUCACGAAAAAACCCGAAUUAACUAUUAAUUAAUUACCUAUUAGCUACUACGACUCACGAGAGUAGCAGUAGUAGUAUAUGAAAGCUAAGAAUGAGAAGUAACAACAAUCUAUGAACUAUGAUGAAGGGGAUGGAGUCAGAACUGAAAGACCUCAAUUCAAAACCACCGAAAUCAAACGGAAACAUCAACACCGUUCGCGACGAUCGUCCUCUUCUCAAAUCAGAUUCAGUAUCUUCCUCCACCACCAACGCCGUCGACCUACAAGACCUCGAGAAGAAAUUUGCUCCAUAUGUUCGUCGCGAUGUUUACGGAACCAUGGGAAGAGGAGACUUAGCUCCUAAAGAGAAACUCCUCCUCGGUUUCGCCCUCGUUACUCUCCUUCCGAUUAGAGUGAUUCUCGCUACAACUGUUUUGGUGGUUUAUUAUUUAAUUUGUAGGUUUUGUACUCUGUUUUCGACGCCGAAUCGUGAAGAUGAACAAGAUGAUUAUUCUCGUUUGAGAGGGUGGAGGAGGAGUGUUAUUGUUUGGUGUGGAAAAGUGCUUUCUAGAGCAAUGCUUUUCGUUUUUGGAUUUUAUUGGAUUCCGGAGUCUACUACCUCUUUUACUCAGGAAAACAAACCUCAGUCUGAAGAGAUGGAAAGACCUGGUGUAAUAAUAUCUAAUCACGUGUCAUACUUGGAUAUUUUGUAUCACAUGUCUUCCUCGUUCCCAAGUUUUGUUGCCAAGAGAUCAGUGGCCAAACUUCCUCUCGUUGGUCUUAUCAGCAAGUGCCUUGGUUGCAUCUAUGUUCAGCGGGAAUCAAAGUCAUCAGACUUCAAGGGUGUUUCAGCUGUGGCCACUGAAAGAAUUCAAGAAGCACAUCAGAACAAAUAUGCUCCAUUAAUGAUGUUAUUUCCAGAAGGUACAACCACAAAUGGAGAUUUCCUCCUCCCAUUCAAGACCGGUGGCUUUUUGGCAAAGGCACCAGUACUUCCUGUAAUUUUAAAAUACAAUUACCAGAGAUUUAGCCCCGCCUGGGAUUCCAUAUCUGGGGUGCGCCAUGUGAUAUUUCUCCUCUGUCAGUUUGUAAAUUAUAUAGAGGUGAUAAAGUUACCUGUUUACUAUCCCUCGCAGCAGGAAAUGGACGAUCCCAAAUUGUAUGCCAGUAAUGUUAGAAGGUUAAUGGCUAGUGAGGGUAAUUUGACACUUUCCGAUAUUGGGCUAGCUGAAAAACGAAUAUAUCACGCUGCUCUCAAUGGUAAUAAUUGCCUGCCUAGUGUUUUGCAUCAGAAAGACGAUUGAUAAUUUCAUGACCCCCGGCCUCAAUUGAUAUGUAGUCACACUCGAGUUUUGGUUUCAAACUUAGAAUUUGCUUUAUAUAUGAAUGGACAGCUAGCGUGAGGGGUGUAGCUAAUAAAUACAUACACAUAAACUUCUGAAAGGAACUUGUGUAAUUUUCUUGUAAAAAAUGUGACAAAUAAUGUGUUUUAAUUGCUGGUGAAUAAGACACAAUUCAAGAGUGAAAAGUUUUGCUGUUCACGUUUUGAUUGUGAUAAAUGACCUAACUCAUUUGAGAAAAGCUAUGUAACUUUAGAUCUGAAUCUUCUGUUU